CCACGAAAAGCCAGGCUGACCAAUUCCAAUAUGGUGGCUAGCUUGGCAGGUCUACGGUUCCUGUUGAUGUUAUUGUUGUUCUGCGGGAUCAGGUACGGUACCUGCAGCCAGGAAGCUCCGCAGGUUCUGGGGCUGCGACUGGAAGACCCGGCGGGCUUGUUGUGCAUGAAGGGUCGGAUCAUUUCGGCACCAGAAGGAGCCACGUUCCAGCUCCGUCUCUUCGGGUCUAACCUGAAUGGAAACUUGUCGUGGGUAGCGUUCGCAGGGGAAACUGGCGAAGCGGCCGGAGCGACCGAUGAUGCGCCCGACCCGUGCAAGCAGCAGUCCAACCUCCAGUACUCCCCGUUCCAGGUGACCAAUUUCGUCCUCGACGAGCCACAUAGCGGACUUCUGACGGUGGAGGCUCUGCGGAGGAGCAUCUCUGCAGGAGAAGCUGGCAACGAGCAGACCUCCUACCACCUGUGUGUAUGGAGCGGAGAGAAUUGGGCAUCUGUGGGCCCGGACAGACUGCGAAUAAACACCGACGUCGGUUCAGACUACAUCCCGCCGUGGGGUCUUGCCGUACUGAUAGUGCUGCUGCUUGUGGUCUGCGGGCUGCUGAGGACGGUGAACCUGAGCUUGUUGUGGCUGGACCCGGUGGAGCUUUAUGUCCUCCACAGCUGUGGAUCCGAGGAGGAGAAACGAACCGCGAAAAGGUUGGAGCCGAUCAGGAGGAGGGGGAACUUCAUGGCAUGUUCUCUCUUGUUCCUGUGCGUUCUGGGACACUCGGUUCUCGGUGUUCUCCUAUACCGGGCACUGGGCUCCAUCACCUCAGCGGUUUUCACCAGCGGCUUCCUUAUCUUCUUCCUGGCUGAGCUGGCUCCUCACAUCUUGUGCUCCGGUUACGGCUUCCAACUGGCCCCUGGUCUGACCUGGCUGGCCCAGGUUUGCAUGGUGCUCACCUGCCCCAUGUCCUGCCCUCUGGGCCUGAUCCUGGAUCUGGGGCUAAGGAGGGACAUCAGUACAUGUGGAAUAAGGGAGAGGGCCAUGGAGAUGAUCCGAGCAAACGUCAAUGACCCCUACAGUGAGUUUGUAAAAGAGGAGUUCAGCCGUGGAACGUUGCGCAUUAAGACAGUGGAGGACAUCCUGACACCUCUGAAAGACUGCUUCAUGCUGCCUAGCUCGGCUGUCCUCGACUUCUCCACCAUGUCUGAGGUUAUGCAGAGUGGAUACACCCGGGUGCCCAUUUAUGAGGAGGAGAGAUCCAACAUUGUGGAAAUCCUGUAUGUGAAAGACUUGGCUCUGGUUGACCCAGAAGACUGCACCCCUAUGACGACCAUCACUAAGUUCUACAAUCACCCUCUGCACUUUGUCUUCAAUGACACCAAACUAGAUGCCAUGUUGGAGGAGUUCAAAAAAGGCAACUCUCACAUGGCGAUUGUCCAGAAGGUGAACAACGAGGGGGAGGGGGAUCCUUUCUAUGAGGUGCUGGGUUUGGUCACAUUAGAGGACGUCAUAGAGGAGAUCAUCAAGUCGGAGAUUCUGGAUGAAUCUGACGGCUACUUGGACAGGAAAGUGAAGCGUCCCCUCACUCCGCUAGAGAUUCCUCUGGAGCCUCGCAGCACCCAUGAGGAGUUUUCUCUUUUCAAGCCACCUGAAGGAGAACCCAAGAUCCGCACCUCACCACAACUCCUGCUGGCCACGCACCGCUUCCUGUCCAGAGAAGUGGAACACUUCAGCCCUGGACGUGUAUCUGAGAAGGUCCUGUUCCACCUGCUCCGUCACCCCAGUGUCAACCAGGAAGUGCACUUUGACCCCAACAACCGUCUGAGUCCGGCACACUAUCUGUACACCCGCAACCACCCCGUGGACUAUUUCAUCCUGCUGCUGCAGGGCCGUGUUGAAGUGGAGAUUGGCAAAGAGGGGCUGAAGUUUGAAAAUGGAGCAUUUACAUACUACGGCGUGUCUGCUUUGACGCUGCCAUCUUCAGUGCACCAGUCUCCAGUGUCAACCCAACGUCACUCUCCCAGGGAUCCCUUUGAGUCAGCAGAAGCCACCAGCCCGUCCAGCUAUUGUCCCGACUACACCGUCCGAGCUCUCACUGAUCUACAGCUCAUACGAGUGACACGUCUGCAGUAUCUGAACGCUCUCAUGGCGUCACGAGUCGGCCAGAGUCCAGACCCUCCUGAGAUCAAGAUUCUGCCCAACAGUCAGACCAAGCUGCUCAAUGAACGAAAUACGACACAAGAGUUCCCUGUAAACUUUUCAUUCUUUGAUACCAUUGAGAACUACUGUUAACAGUUUUAUUUUGUUGCAUGAGGUAAAUGAAAUGCAGCCUGUACACUCACACAGAGACAGGAGUAAUGCCCCACUAUUGAACUCUUCUGACCCUUUCACCCUCUCAGUGGUCCUCUUUCACUCUUAUUGGAGGCAUUUCAUCUGCGUGUGUGUGUGUGUGUGUGUUUGUGUUUGCGUGCAGGUGCUCUGUCAUUCUGCUUUUUCAUUUCUCAUUUCCCUCAAAUCAUCUCACUUCGCUCCGUAGCGGUUUUAACUCUGAGUCUCUCUCUGACCCCGCAUGUCUGUUUAACUGAUUCCCUCCACAAAACAAAGUAAUGGCAGCAAUCCAAGUGUACUUAUGUUACAUAAAAACAAAGGCGACAUAUGGUGAUGAAUUGUGUCCUCUGGCAUCCAUGAUGGAGGUCUACACCUGAAAAAUGAGACAUCUCAAGUGGUAGCUGUUUAUUAUAGCGUGAUGUCUUUCCCAUUAACGUGCCUGUAUGGACAGUAUCCACUUUGCCCUCUCAGUUUAAUUCAGUUUUAUUUUGAGUACUUUAUAGUAAAUACUCUAUAAUGUUAGAGAGCUCCAGGGAUUCAGCAGUCCACUCUGAGCAAGCACUUGGUGAUAGUGAGGAAGAAGAGUUUCCUUUUGUUAUGUUCACUGAUCUUUGUGGCCUCUUCCUGAAAGAGAGCUGCUCUAAUAAGAAACGACCUCUGGCAGAACCAAGAGUGAGGGCCUGAUAGGGACCUUCAGGGGAAAGAGAAGAGUGAAAAGAAGAGCAUAUAGAGACCAUCAAUGGCAAACAGGGCAUCACACGAACUACUGUAUGGGAGAGAGUAGACAAAAGUGACAGAGAAAUGAAGGGGGAGUGAAAAGUGGGGACUGGAGGAGAAAUGCUCAGUGGGAGGUCAGCAGCUUGAGCCUAUAGCAGGGUCACCUGAGCCAACUCUAAGUAUAUAAGUUUUAUCACAAAUGAGAGCUGGAAGUUUAGUGCUAACUGUAGAGAGGGUGUCUGUCUCCUGAAGCCAAACUGGAAGCUGCUUCCACAGGAGAGGUGCCUGAUAGCUGAAGGCUCUUCCUCCCAUUCUAGUUUGAAAUACCCCAGGAGCUGCACAUAAGCUGGCACUCUGAGAGCAAAGUCUCUAAGGGGUCAUAAAGUAUUGAGACAUCUUUAAGAUAUGAUGGGGCCUGAUCAUACAGGACUUUGUUAUACAAGGAGAAGGGCUUGAAAUAAAGUUCAGAUUUAUGUUAGCAUUCUCACUGCGGCCUUUGGGAUCAAGGGGGUUACUGCCCUAUUUUUACUCUAUUGUCACUGAGUUAUUAAUGAAAGAGUAGCCACAGUGAUACGUAGUUUUAUUUGACAGAAGCCAAAACAAAAAACAGGAGAAAAUAUUUAAGUCUUUCCUUCUUUGUAGAAAUUUGAAACUUAGAGACCACCAGCAUGUCUGUUGGAGGACUUGUUACAUUACCAUAGGUGUACUAAAACAGAGACAAAAGAUGGCGCUAAAGUGAUGCAAAGGCCUGGACAGGUCGCCAGCCUGUUGCAGGGCCAGCACAGAGAGACAGACGGCCUCCUUUUAGAGAGACUAAGAGCAUCUGUUUCCUAAUCCCUGGCUCAUCUCUGUGUGCCGCCUUUCAUGUCCAGGCAGUCUGUUUCCUCUUUUUAGUCCCCCUCCAUCACCUUUUUGUCCCUUCUUCAUAUUAACAACCCCCUUUCUUAACUUAACCCCCCCCUGCCCCGAGUGGGUUUACCUCAGUGUGAUGAUGUCACCCCUCGCUCACCCCAGCUCUCCUGUCAUUGGUCAGAUUCCACAGGUGGAAGCAGAGCCCAGGAGAGCUCCACAGAAGAGGAGGCUCAUGGGGAGAGCAGUUUUUGUCUGCCUGUUGUUUAAAAAAAAAGAAGUCCUGCUCCUCCCUCAUUUUAUUUUUUUGUUUGUAAUUAUUGAUAAAUCAUCUAUGGCUGGAAUGUAAGACAAGACUGUAGUGGAAGUGUUCUUUUUUUGUCUGUUAUGUACUUCCACUGUUCACACUUCUCAUUUCCACCCACAUUCCUUUUAUGUUCUUACCAUUGAAAUCAUUAUUUUAUGUUAUUUUAUAAAAUUAUGACUAUAUGUGUGCAUAUUUGUGUAUAUAGAAAUAUAAAUAUGGUGUGGCAAGAAAAAGUAUAUGAAUCCUUUGGAAUAUUUUUCUAUAUUGGUUCAUUAUUAAAUGUCAGAAACACAAUGUACUUUAAUUAGUAAUAGAAAAUGUAGUGUGUCUGAUUGCUGGUAUAAAAAGUGAUUCCUUGAGUUUAAUAACUGUUUACUAAGUGUUAGAGCCUCAAACAAAACAGAUCGAACUUGCACAACAGACUGAAAUAUGGAAAACUUUUCCCUGCAUGACUUCUUUAUCUCAGCUCAGGACAUCUGCUGUGAACAGCUCUCUAAAGUCUAUAUUUAAAGUUUUAUAUUAAUGUUUGGAGUCAUGUCUUGCUGCCUCAACACCGAUAACCUCUGGAAUCCAUUUCCACGAGGAGAGCAAAGCAAACCUGAUUCCUGAUGCUGCCAGUACCAUGGCUCCAGGUCUAAUGAUUCUUAAUGGCAGUAAAAUAUGUUUGAAAGUAACUGUUUAUUGUUAUUUUAAUAACUGUAGACUAAUAUAAAAUGCAAAUUUCUCCAGAGGGUUCACUUGCUGUUUCUUGCCACUGUAUACAUUUUAAUCUGGUGGUGCCUUACUUCCAGAUUUUAGCCUUCCUUACUAAACUUGUUCUGCCAUUCCUUUUGCCUGUCUGGGUGCCAAAGCUGUGUGCGUGUGUGUGCGUUUUUUAAAUAGUGUGUGUGUGUUUAUUGCCCGUCCAUUUGAGAUAUUAAAAACACUCAAUAGUUGGUUCUAAGCAGAUUUGCACCUCACAGUUGUGCACUGUGGAAGAUAUUAAGCUAUUUGGUGAGAUGUGAGGUACGUCCAGGGUUUUAUAGUUUCAUUUAAUGUCGGUGCCACAGAUAAAAUUGUGCGUGCGUGUGCGUGCGUGCACGCCCAAAAUCUAACCUUUUCACUUUUGAUCUAUCAGUGGCUGUAAAAAAGGAGAAAGGUCCAGGGGCUGGUUCCACAGCUGUGGACAUUUACUACAGAUCUAAUGACUAGUUCAGACAUGAAUCAGAGGUUUCUUGUUCUUAAAGUUGGACUGAUUUUUCACAAAUUCUGAGUAAAUUAAGAUGUUAUAGCCAGCAUUCAGCACCAGCAUCCUUCUGAAAGGCUUACAGAAAUGUUUUGUUCAGUUCAGCAGAGUAAACUCAGUGUAGACCUGUGGAGCUCAGGUGCCAUUGAUUGUUAUGGUAUAAAUAAAAGUGACUGACUUUACACUCUCUAAAAGCUACAAAUUAUAAAUUUGCGUUUUGCCCCCCCACCCCCCACCCCAAUUGAUGCGUCACUGGUUGGUUUCAGGAGCCUUUUGCAGACAUGAAAUCAGUAACACUGUUUUCACACAUUUUUGAGUUUGGCAUUGAAUCAUUGUUUUACAUCUUUAUUCACACUAUCACAGAAAGAAUAUGUCCCAUCUGAAGACAAGAAAAAUGUGAAAUAUGUGAUUUGGCUAAAAAAUAAAUAAAUAGAAAACAAUGAAAAAGGGCAGCACGGUGGCGCAGUGGUUAGCACUGCUGCCUCACAGAUAGA